GUCGUCACGGAUAAACAGAAGAUUGCUGACCGUUGAUAACUUUAGUUUGGAUUACUACUAGCUACUUCCUAGCAUAAUUAUAUAAUGCUCGAGAAGACGUUUCAGGUUGUCACCGAAACUUUCUGCCGUGAAUCCCUUAAUAUUGUAAAAUUAAAAAGUGAUAUACAUGAAGCGAAGUCUUAUGAAAUGUGGUAUAAAGCUGCUUUAAUUUACGAUAGUUUAUGUAACAAAGAGAUAUGGAAGUUGACUAUGGAAGAUAGAGAUUAUGACUAUAAGUUAAUUCUUUUUAAACUAGAAAAGUUAUACGAAGCUCGUAUAAAAGAAGAUAUUCAAGUCCUCUUAACAGUCUUACAAGAAGGAAGCUAGUUUCAACAAUUCUAAUAACGUUCUCAUUAAAGUACACUGUAACUUUCAGGUUUUUCGCGUGGUCUAGGCGGCAUAAAUAACACUUCUUUGUACACGAAAUGCUGCGUAGGGACAAAAAAUUUAAUUGAGGAUUACGUUAAAGAAGUUUCCAAGGCUAUAAAGUUUCUCUCCAAGUGCGAAGCAAGUUAUUUUUAUCCAAGAGAAAAAGAUAUUAUUUUUUCAAACAUGCUUCAAGCCUUUGGGCGCACAGCCUUGUAUUUAUCCGGAGGGGGGCCCUUUGGAUUUUAUCACUUUGGAGUGGUCAGUUGCCUGCUAGAAGAAAGGCUACUUCCUCAAGUACUCUGCGGAACGGCCACAGGCGCUUUGGUUGCUGCUCUUCUUGCAGUACACUCUUCAGAAGAGAUGGGUUUACUUUUGAAGUCGGAGGCUUUAUGUCUCGCACCUUACUACCUUUUUGAUGAUAAGUGUUCUAUAAAAAAGAAGCUCGUAAAAUUUUUAACUCAAGAUCACGUAGUAAAUAUAGAAGAGCUUAAGGAAUUUUGUAUUCAACAUCUUGGUCAGUUCACCUUUGAGGAGGCUUACCAGAAGACUGGGCGGGCGGUGAACAUUGUUGCUCUGCCUCGUGCAACUUGGGAAGUGCCCCUGUUGCUAAAUCACUUGACCUCUCCGCACGUGCUUUUAUGGAGCGCUGUGCUAUCCUCGUGCUCACUCUUUGAGCUUUGCCCGGCAGUCGAUCUCUACGCUAAAAAUUAUGUGGGGACAACUGUUUUAUGGAGCUCGUUGAGGCCUACACGCGCCAAGUGUUCUGAGCUGCCCAUGAAGAGAAUUGUCGAACUGUUUAAUGUCAACCAGUUUAUCACUUCUCAAGUGGACCCCUACGCGUUCCCCUUUUUAUAUGACUACUGCCGGGGCGUCCCGGACCACUCACUCCUACAAACCUGCGUUACUUCACUAAAGUCAUUUGCAGCUUCUGAAAUACGUCAUCGUGCCAUCCAAGCCUCUAUACUGGUGCCGGAUCUUGCACGUUGUUUCCCUGUUCUUUCUUCACUGAAGUGUAUGGGUGACAUACUGAUUGUUCCCAAGCUAACCCUCAAGCAAAUGCUGAGCGUCUUGACGAGCUCCAACCAAAAUUUUUAUAAAUAUUCAUUAGAGCAGGGAGCACGUGCCACAUGGCCCUGUGUAUCCCAAAUACGUGCGUGCAUUGAAACUGAAUUAACUUUAAUUGAAGUACUGAAGAAAACCUGAAAAGGAAGACUUAAAAAAUUAUAUCAAAACCUUUAAACUGCGGCGAUUAAAUGAAGAAAAGUAUGAAUACUUGUUAUAGUAUGCGAACUU